AUGUACAUCGGUCACGUGCUCGUGGUCGUCGCGCUAAGCCUGGCGCAAAGUGCUGCCGAGUGCCGGAACGCGUGCUCAGGCCAUGGCUUUUGCAACACGUUCGAUGUGUGCGCGUGCCAGCAAGGCUUCACGGGCGGCGAUUUGCUAUGCCCCCAAGGCAAAGCCUGGGGCAUCGUUACGGGCACUGACGUCGCCCACGGCGUCGCCGAGUGCUCGGCGCGAGGGAUCUGUGACCGCUCUACGGGCACUUGCUCGUGCCAGCUUGGCUUUGAAGGCAACGCGUGUCAAUUGCUGGCGUGCGUCGACGACUGCAGCAACCGAGGCCAGUGCAUCACGAUGCAGCAGCUCGCCGCAACACCGCUCGUGGCACUCGACUUGUACAAUCAAGCACCGUACCAGUACUCACCGUACGCGAUGUGGGACGCUGACAUCGUCCGCGGCUGCCUCUGCGACGCAGGCAGCACCGGCGCCGACUGUAGCCUCAAGCAAUGUCAUUUGGGCGACGACCCCAUGACAUCCGGCCAGACCGAGGACGUACAGCUCAUUACGUGUGCAGCAUCGUACCUGCAGCAUCAAGUGAUGCUUCGCUACGACUCGGUCAUCUCUCGUGGCACGUUUGUCCUCAACUUUGGUCUCGAGCGCACAGACCCCAUCAAUUACAAUGCCGCCGCGACAAAUGCCUUGGGUACUUCGAUGACCGAGAUGCUUGAGGCGCUACCGACGAUCGCAACAGUGACGGUCACAGUGUCAUCAACACCAACCUCCACGACAUGGAACGUUGUGUUUCCGCCGGGUGCGGCCGACCAACACAUUUUUCGCCCCACGUGGCGCGUUGUGGAAGUGCAACAGUUCUUCUGCGCUGCCGACAGUGGCUACGCUACGCUCACGUACGACGCGCACGUCUUCCCGAGCAUUCCGUUCUCGGCGUCUGCUGCGGACUUGAAAACCCUUCUCGAGUCGUAUGUGAAGAUCGGCGCCGUCACCGUGACCUUCAGCCAGGGCGCGCAACUCUGCAGUCCCCUUGGCAACUACAUUACGAUUGCGUUUGAUUUGAUGUGGGAUCGCAACUACAUUGGAGACAUCCCUGCGCUUGUGAUUGACCGCACCAACCAAAACCAGCUUGAUGGGCUCAAAUGGGCGGGGAAUGCACCCGUCGUCGACGCACAAACCAACGAGCUCGUCAAGGGUAUCGACACGUGCCACAUCGUGGAAGUUCAGAGCCUUACUUGCUGCGCCGUCUCGGGCUUCUUUGCCGUCUCGUUUGAAGGAGGCACGGUUCGCAACCUGCCGUUCGAUAUGUCGGCGUCCGAUCUCAGAGCGGCGUUGCUCUCGGCCUUUCCUCAGCUCCUCGAUAUCGAC